CUGCAUCCCAACCUGUUGUGCCACCAGGGAGGGCCCCAAGUCUAUCGCUUUAUUACUACCCGGUAGGCCCUUCUGUGCACCCCCACCCCAGCUCUCCAGAUAAUAGGCUUCAGAGGUCUCCUAACCUCUGUCGCAGGCUUGUUCCCAACAGCCUGUGGUCUCUCCCUGCCCUGCAGAAGUGCACACCCUGCUCAGGCCCGUUUGCAUUCCUUGCUGUUACUGUCUGCAUUCAUAUCCUACAUCCUACCAGAGUGGACCUGGUUGGGACUGGGACUAUCCUGAGCACUAAGAGUUCUGGGGUGGGCUGGUCAAGACUCAGUGAUCACAGGGAGCACAACCCCCUCCCCCCAAGGAAGUGGCGCACAGCCCUCCACACCCCAUCCCACAGUACAGAUGUUCUUUCCUGUUGGGAAUAAAGUGCCAGAGACUCAGCUUCCUUCCUUUCUGCCUGCGGCCUUAGGGAGGGAGAGACUUGGAGGGAGGAAGGGGUCCUGGGUACAAAGGUGGGACAGAAGCUUCCUUGGAAGAGGAGGUGUAGGCCAGAGCUCUGAGAACCAGCGAGGGAGAGCCAGCUCUGCUGCCAGAAGGCUGGGGGAGAGGGCCAAUCUCAAGGCCAAGGCUGCGGGGGAGGGAGAGCCGAAAGCCUGGUCAAGACUGGUGAGUUCCAGACCAGACUAUCCUUUGCAACUCCGAGGAAUGGGAUCCAGUGGAGGCCUGUGUCUGCCCUGGCUUACUUGUCAUCUGCAUGGGCAAAACUGAGAAAUCAGAAGGUGAAAGCUUCCCAGGUGCCUCCCUCUCAUUUCCUGAGGGGGCUGGGCCAAAAUCUCCCUCCGCAUCCGCAUCCUCGGAAGGGCCUAGACUCAGGCUGCCGCUCACAGAAACAUCCGCUCUGUCUGCUCCAACCCAGACCUACCUCAGCUCCGGUUCCUCCAGGGCCUGCCAUGGAUGCCGCAGCCAAGGACAACAUGCAGCCUGAACUUGCCCCUGGCUCUUCCUGCCCAGGGCCUGAGUGGCCAGAGCAGGAGAGGGCAGAGCAAUUGGCCCGGGGUGCUGCGCUCAAGUGGGCAUCAGGCGUCUUCUACCAGCCGGAGCAGCUGGCCAGGCUGGGCCAGUACCGAAGCCGUGAGGUGCAGCGCACCUGCUCCCUGGAAGCACGGAUCAAGUCAGUGGUACAGUCAUACCUGGAGGGUGUGAAGACUGGUGUGUGGCAACUGGCCUGGGCCCUAGAGGCGGUGCAGGGAGCCCGGGAGACCCUGGGCCAGGCCCAAGGGUUGCUCCAGGACAUGGCUGAGGCUGCCCAGACUCUGGAGCCCCUGCGGGAGCAAGUUGCCCAGCACAAGCAACUGCAGGCCCUGUCUCAGCUACUGCCCCGGCUGCGGGAAGUGCCAGCUGCAGUGACCCACGCACAGGCCUUGAUUGAUGCCCAGCGCCUCCUGGAGGCAUAUGUGAGCCUGAGGGAACUGGAACAGCUUCAAGAGGAGACCCGGGCACCUCUGGGAGGUCUGGAGCUGCCAGUCUUCGAGGGGUUGGGACCUCUGGCUGAGGCACUAGGCCAGGCGGUGGAGGCAGCUGCAGGGGCUGCAGGCCAGCUGGCGCGGGAGGACCCGGCCUUGCUGGUGGCUGCUGUGCGAGUGGCGGAGGUGGAGGCUGGGCGCCCCACCUGUCAGGGGCGGGCCCCCCGGGACUGGCGACUGCGCUGUUUGCGGGCAUUACAGGAGGGCCUGGAGAGGGUCCACUUUGGGACACCCCUGCUGCCCGGGCCCGGAGCCGUAGCAGGGUGGCUGGAGAAUCUUCAGGUGGCCCUGCCGGCUGAGCUGGCCACCGCCGAGGCACUCGUAGCUCCCUGCUGCCCACCACACUACAGAGUGGUCCGGCUGUGGGCCCACACCCUGCACAGGGGCCUGCGUUGCCGCCUGCAGCAGCUCCUGGAAGGGCCGGAGCUCGGAGCUGCUGAUGCCUUCACCUUGCUGCACUGGGCACUAAAUGUGUACCUGGGCCCAGAAAUGAUGGGGAGCCUGGAAUUGGGGCCUGAGGCAGAUGUGUCCCAGCUAGAGCCCCUCCUGACCCUGGAGAACAUUGAGCAGCUGGAGGCAACAUAUGUGGCGAAAGUCCAGGCAAGUGUGGCCCAGUGGCUGCAGAAGGCACUGGAUGGGGAGGUAGCUGAGUGGGGCCGAGAGCAGGAGCCAGACACGGACCCAACUGGCUUCUACCAUUCACCGAUGCCUGCCAUUGUGCUGCAGAUCCUGGAAGAGAACAUUCGCGUGACCUGCCUGGUCAGUGAGUCACUGCAGCGGCGGGUGCAUGGCAUGGCGCUCUCCGAACUGGGCGCGUUUCUGAGGAGCUUCAGCGAUGCUUUGAUUAGAUUCUCCCGAGAUCACCUCAGGGGGGAAGCACCAGCACCUCACUAUGUACCCUACCUACUGGCUGCCCUCAACCACCAAUCAGCACUCAGCUCCUCCGUGUCCGCCCUGCAGCUCGACGGGUUGGCUUCAGGGACCUUGGCUCCGGUGGAGGCAGCGCUGGACGAGUUGCAGAGGAGGAUCUGCCGUCUGGUGUUGGAGGCGCUGCUGGUGGAGCUUCAGCCUCUGUUCGUGGCUCUGCCUUCGCGCCGGUGGUUGUCGAGCUCGGAACUGCUGGGCGAUGUGUGCAAGCGGACGGCGCGCUUCUGCCAGGACUUUGGGCACGUGCGGACUCCAGCGGUCCAGCUGCUGCUGGCGGAGGUGGAACGCACCGUGGUGCUGCAGUACCUACGUGCGCUGAUGCAGGGCCGCCUAGUGUGCCGUGGUGCAGACGAGCGGACCCAGGCGGCUGAGCGCCUGCGGCAAGAUGCCGCUCAACUUCAGGAUCUUUUCCUCGGUUUGGGCUUGGAGGAGAGCAUUCAGUGCGUGCCAGUUCUGCUCGCCCUGAGGGAGCUGCUGAGCCUUCGCGACCCCACGCUACUAGGCCUGGAGGUAGCUGGCCUGCGGCAACAAUUUCCUGACGUGAGCGAGGAUCACGUCUCCGCCCUCUUGGACCUGCGCGGGGACGUUUCUCGGGAGCAGCGCCUGGCCGCACUCAGCUCCCUGCUGGCCGGCCCACAACCCUCGCCCCCCGCGGGUCGCCGCGCACUCUUCAGCCUGGUGCCAGCACCUACACCCUCACUUUCCUCCUGCCUCCCCUCGGGGCCCUGUGCCUGACGUCCGGCCGCCCGCGGAAUAAAGCCAAGACCCUAAGCUCCUGGACUGUGUGUGUUGUUGAGGAAGGGGGAUGAAAUAAAAGUAUUGGCGAAGGUGUGUGUGUGUUGGGGGGAGGGGGGGCCUGCGCCGUGACACGCCUGGCUCUGGUCUUGAUAGACAGGCUGCACCCCGCUUAUCCGGGCAUCUGCCCUGU